GAUUUGGACGCUCGCAGGGUGAACACCUCCUCUCUCUCUUCCUAUCCUAAAUCCCUCUAUAAUAACUCUCGCCCCAAUCUCUACACGGAGAUAAAUCCGGAGUUAUAUAUAUUUGUUUCGUUUAGUGACAGAUAUGAAAUAUUAUUUUGGAUAAAUGGUGAUUUUUUCGAGGGAAUUAAUUCGAUAAAGUGUUAAUUUGGGAGGAAUUAUCGACCUGUGGAAUUGUUUGUCGAGGACUUGUUUAGUGUUUAUUGUGUUGCCUGAAUUGUGUUUCCUGCAGCUUGUUCAACAUGCACGGGAUUCUCUCUGCCGGUCACGAUGGGAGUGGAGUGGCUCAUGGAAAACACCCCAUCGACCUGAACGUUAUGAAAAGGAAUAUGACCAUCGCUAAAGGCUUCUUAGAUAUCAGUCUGCUGUCAGCCAACGCUAAUCAACUUCGGAAUAUCAUCAAUUUCGGAGAUACUGACAGCUCUAUCUACUAUCUGGUGCUAUCUGGUAUCAUCGUCAGCCUCAUACUCCAGGUGUCUGCUGGGAUUAUCCUUAUCGUCGCGGAGAGAUACGACCUUAACAACCAAGACGAUGACGAAUGGAGCGACCGUCUCAACACCGUCGUUAUAGCUCUCAUCUUCGUCGUCCUCCUCGUCAAUGUCUUCGUCUCCAGCCUGGGCGUUGACGUGGCCAACCCGUCAAUGCACUCAACCCCACCGUCUAUAAUGAGUGCUUCCCGCAUUGCUAAGUUAACCCCUUCAACCUUCUCCCCCCUUAAGACCCCGUAAAGCAGGGGUUUUGCUCGCUAUCCUACCUUCUCCGGUGAGUUAUGUGGGGGCUCUAAUGCUAUCCUGCCUUCUCCGUUAUGUGGGGGCUCUUAUGCUAUCCUGCCUUCCCCGCUAAGUUAUGUGGAGGCUCUUAUGCUAUCCUGCCUUUCCUGCCAAGUUAUGUGGGGGCUCUUGUGCUAUCCUGCCUUCCCUGUUAUGUGGGGGCUCUUAUGCUAUCCUGCCUUCUCCGGUGAGUUAUGUGGGGGCUCUUAUGCUAUCCUGCCUUUCCUGCCAAGUUAUAUGGGGCUCUCUUGAUAUCCUGCCUUCCCCGCCAAGUUAUAUGGGGCUCUCUUGAUAUCCUGCCUUCCCCGCCAAGUUAUAUGGGGCUCUUAUGCUAUCCUGCCUUCCCCGUUAUCUGUGGGCUCUUAUGCUAUCCUGCCUCCCCUUUCCAAUGAAGAGGAUAGUUAUCCUUAAAUGUUAUUCAUGAUGUAAAUUGAUAGUUUCCCGUUAAGACAGCAAUUUGACUGAGAAUGAGAGAUAUUUACUGAUGUACAAAUAAUAAAACCCAUCAUAGUCUACUGAAUCACGUGAAUAAUAAUGUCAAUAAAUCACUGAACUACAUGUCUAACAGGGGCCAGAUUCACGAAGCAGUUACGCAAGUACUUACGAACCUGUCCAUCUUUCCUCAAUCUUUGACGGUUUUGGUUACAUUUAUUAAACAG